AUGGGGAGCCUCCGCUGCUGCCUCCUGCUCGCCCUGGCCCUGCUCGGCGUCCACCCCGCUGCCACCGGGAAGUGUGACCUGCAGGGCCUCUGGAGGAACGAGCUGGGCUCCAACAUGACCCUCUUGGCCCUGGACAUGGACGGGACCUUCUCCGGCUCCUACCACACCGCAGUGGCAGCCACCGACAAGCAGAUCCUGGUGUCCCCUCUGCAAGGAGUCCUGCAGCCCCCCGGCACCAAGGGGCAGCAGCCCACCUUCGGCUUCACCGUGCAGUGGCAGUUUGCAGACUCCACCACCGUCUUUGUGGGCCAGUGCUUCGUGGACCGCCGUGGGAAGGAGACGCUGGAGACCGCCUGGCUCCUGCGAGAAGGGGUCCCCUCCCGCAGGGACGUCUGGAAGGCCACCAGGGUUGGCACCUCCGUCUUCACUCGCGUCAAGUGA